UAUUAUAUACGACGAACGCUAAAUCUUAUCAGUAUUCAUUGAGACUGAAUCAGAAGAAGAAUUAAAAUGUUUCAAAGGACGUCGGUUUUACUCUGCAGAGUGGAAAGAUUCGCUCAAACCAGAACGAUAACCAACAAUGUCGGUUUCAUCGGUUUGGGAAACAUGGGUUCCCACAUGGCCAACCAUUUGGCUAAGCAAGGAAGGAAACUGAAAGUUUUCGACGUGGUAGCUGAUGCCGCCAAGAGCGUACCCGGUGCGAUCGUCUGCAAAACCCCACAGGAGGCUGCAACCGAUGUUUCCGUUGUCUUCACCAUGUUACCAGACGGUAACGUCGUCAAGGAUACCGUACUCCGUAACGAGGGCAUCGCCAAGGGAAUCAAGAAGGACGCCCUCAUGAUCGACUGCUCCACCAUCGAACCAACCACCGCCAAGGAACUCCACACCAUCGCCAAAGACAACGGAUACCGUUUCAUCGAUUGCCCCGUAUCCGGAGGAGUAACCGGUGCUGCUGCUGGCACAUUGACCUACAUGAUCGGAGGUGACAUCAAAGACGUAGACACCGCCAGACAAUACCUGCUCCAGGCUGGCAAAAACAUCUUCCACUGCGGCGGCCCAGGAGCCGGACAGGUUGCUAAGCUCUGCAACAAUUUGAUCCUUGGUGUCACAAUGGCCGGUACCGCCGAAUCCAUGAACAUGGGUCUUAAGUACGGACUUGACCCCAAGGUCUUGACCGACAUCAUCAACGUCUCCACCGGAAGGUCGUGGUCUUCGGAGACUUACAACCCACAUCCAGGAAUCCUCCCCAACGUUCCAUCUAGCAAGAAUUACGAUGGUGGAUUCAUGGUUAAAUUGAUCGCCAAAGAUUUGGGUCUCGCCGAAGGCGCCGCCUUGGCUGCCAACGCUCCAGUUCCAAUGACCGCAGCUGUCCAUCAACUUUACAGAGCUAUGAUGAACCAUGGCUUGGGCGACAAAGAUUUCUCAGUCAUCUACCAAUUCUUGCAAGGCAAGAAAUUCUAAAUAUCACCAGCGAACAACGACAAUCUCAAGUACAAACUUCCUCACAAUGAAUACUGCAUUUUUUUUUAAAUUUGAAACAUUUUAUACUCUAAAUACCGAAUAAACAAAAUGGUUGUUAUAAGAA